AUGAUAGAACAUGACAUAUCCAUGCACACAUGCAUUUCAUGCAUUCAUGCACAAACAGCAAUUGCACCUCCACCUACACAUCGCUACAAUACAAGGGCUAAUCAUUCACUGCUAAUGGAUCAACUAAGGGACGAUCUUAUUCAGAUGAGGACUCAGGUUACUGCUCAGAUGGCUCAGUUCAUGGAAGUCAUGCAAGGCAUGGCUGAUCGCCAAGAAGAACUCAGAAUUAGAAUGGAUGCAGUUGCUCAUACUGUAGUGAACCCUCCACAGAGGAACCCCGCUGGUAUUCAUAUCAACGAUGAACCUGUGAACGGAGGGCUUGGUGUGAUUCCUCCUGCUACCAAUCAAGGUAAUCCUCAUGGGCCUCCCCAGCCCAUUCCUGAAGGACAAGCCACACAACAAAUCAGAAGGGCUGCUGCCAUCCCCGUGUUGGAAGAGGAUCGACAUGAGGAUCUGUUUCCUGAAAGUGAGUUGGGAUUUCCACAUGAUGCUGGAAGGUUGUUCAGAGGACUGGAGGAAAGGAUGAGGGCCAUGGAAGGCCAAGGACUUGGUAUGGACAUUAAUGACUUGGGUUUGGUUCCUGGUGUCCGCGUGCCGCCGAAAUUCAAAGUGCCAGAUUUUGAGAAGUACAAGGGGAAUACUUGUCCCAAGACCCAUGUCCGAGCUUACUACCGCAAGAUGCAUGUCUAUUCUGAGGAUGAGGGGCUGUUGAUGCAUUUCUUCCAAGAUAGCCUAACUGGGGCAUCUUUGGAAUGGUAUAUGAGGCUGGAAAGAGCUAGUAUUCGAAGCUGGAGAGACUUGGUUGAUGCCUUCAUAAAGCAGUAUCAAUAUAAUGUUGACAUGGCACCCAAUCGCACUCAAUUGCAAAAUCUAUCUCAGAAAGCUAAUGAGUCCUUCAAUGAAUACGCGCAAAAAUGGCGCGAGUUGGCAGCCAGAGUUCAACCACCUAUGUUGGAGAGAGAAAUGAUGGACCUGUUCACCAAUACUUUGGAAGGUCAAUACUAUUCUGCUUGUUCUGCAUCCUCGAGUUUCGCCGAGUUGGUCAUGAUUGGUGAGAGAAUUGAAAGUGGAAUCAAGGCUGGUAGAAUUCAGAAUCCGAAUGCUGCUAGCUCCUCCUCUGGGGUUGUUGGAAAGAAACCUUAUAACGGGUUUGCCAAGAAAAGAGAGGGUGAGACGAGUGCUGCUUAUUACGGUAAAGGCAAAAGCCAGGCUCAUCAACAAGUGGCCGCCGUGACUAUACCGAAUGUUCCAUUUCAGCAACAUCAGCAACGAGGGUAUACUCCGCGCCAGUAUCAACCAAAGGCACCUGAGAGAACUUUUGACCCGAUCCCGAUGACAUAUGCACAAGUAUUGCCAUACCUCCUCGACUUGAAAUUGGUACAAUUGAGAACUCUAGCCACUCCUGCUAAGUUGCCUCCUAAUUGGGAUGCUAAUGCAAGGUGUGAAUUCCACUCUGGAGCACCUGGGCCUAACAUUGAAAACUGCAAAGCAUUGAAGUAUCAGGUUCAAAAUCUUCUCGACUCCAAGGCCAUUGAGUUCACUCCUACUCCAGGGCCUAAUGUUGUUCAAAAUCCCAUGCCCCCUCAUGGGUCUCAUGCUGCAAACGCCCUCGAUUGUGUUGAAGACACUCGUUUGGUUAAGGACGUGACUGAGUUAGGCUCUCUGUUGCCUUUACUGAAAGUAGAAUUACUGAGAAUGGGUCUAUAUGCUGGUUGUGGAGAAUUGUGUAAUGAUUGCAUGGCCACUUCCUCAGUUUGUGAUAAAGUGAAGAAUGGUAUUCAACAGUUGAUAGAUAGUGGGUAUCUACAGUUUGAGCGCGUACGACGGCCCGAGGUAUUUGAGAAUGAAAUUAAUGUGGCAUCCAUCCCCUACACUCCUACUAAGAUCCCAAUUCCUGCUAGAGCACCUCCUUUGGUUAUUACAUUACCUGGUCCCGUUCCGUAUACUAGUGAAAAGGCAAUCCCAUGGAACUACGGUGGAGAGGUUUUUUACCAAAGGGCCAAGUUUGAACUUAGAACACCAGUUGAGAAAGAAGACGUCGACAAUGUUGUGGGAGUUGGAAGAAUGACAAGGAGUGGCCGUAUUCUCAAUCCUCCUCAGAAUAUUCACAAAGACAAUACAGAAGCUCUAGCUCAAGCAAAAGGAAAAGGAGUGACAGAAGAUACUAUGGACCAGGGGCAAAGUUCUAAUUCUGAGGACACUGUGGCCAAAGAGAUGGAAGAAUUCCUCAAGAUCAUCAAGAAGAGUGAGUAUAAAGUGGUUGACCAGCUGAGUCAAACUCAAUCUAAGAUCUCUAUCUUAGAGUUGCUCUUAUGCUCCGAGACCCAUCGAAAUGCUUUAUUGAGACUCCUAGGCACUGCCUUUGUCCCUCCUGAGAUCUCAGUAAAUCAGCUUGAAGGGGUUGUGUCUAAUAUCAAUGCUGGAAAUGGAUUGGGAUUCACUGAUGCAGAUUUGCCUUCUGAAGGUAGAAAACAUAAUAGAGCUUUGCACAUAUCUGUGGAGUGCAAGGGGACUAUGCUAUCUCGUGUUCUUGUUGAUAAUGGAUCUUCUUUGAAUGUGUUACCAAAGUCGUCUUUGAUGAGGCUAGACUAUUCUGGUGUUGAGAUAAGGCCAAGCGAAUUAACUGUGAGAGCCUUUGAUGGCUCAAAGAGGUCGGUGUUUGGGGAGGUUGAUUUACCAGUGAUGAUAGGUCCUCAACUCUUCACUAUUACUUUCUUUGUGAUGGAUAUCCACCCGGCUUACAGUUGUCUCCUGGGGCGUCCAUGGAUCCAUGCUGCUGGGGCCGUGACUUCCACAUUGCAUCAGAAACUCAAAUUUGCCACUCAAGGGAAGAUAGUCACAAUAUGUGGGGAGGAAGAGCAUGUGGUAAGCCAUCUUGCGUCUUUCAAAUAUAUUGAUGUGGAAGGGGAGGUCCACGAAACACCUUGUCAAGCGUUUGAGGCUGUCCAGACUAUCAAGAUCCCUUAUGUUGAAAAGAAGAAGUUGGAGGCUCCUAUGUCUUCACUAAAGGAGGCCAAGGCUGUGAUUGAAUCUGGUCAUCCUAAGGGAUGGGGCCGAGUCUUAGAUUUACCAAUCAAGCAGGAUAAGUGUGGGAUUGGAUAUCAGUUGGGGCAGAGUUCUUCUGAUGGGUCCUUCAAGAAGCCUGGAACCUUCGUUCCAAUCAAGUUCUCUAGUGCUGGCAUUGACAAAGAUCAUAUCUGUGCUGCUGACAAUGAUACGGAUAGUGACUAUGAUAUCGAAGAAUGGAUCAAGCCAUGUGUCCCUGGACAGAAGUCUAUCAACUGGUCAUCCGAGGACAUCAUCUCAAUUGCUUUUGAUCAAGAAUCCAAUUCUCCUCCAAAUUCUGUUGAUAACGGUCUUGCUAUGCCUCGUUAUGACUUCGACAAUCCUAUCUACACCGCUGAAGAAGGGGAUGAAGAGGAUUGUGAACUCCCUGGUGAGUUGGCCAGAUUGUUGAAACAAGAAGAGAAAGUGAUCGAGCCACACCAAGAGCCUAUUGAGACGGUGAAUCUUGGCACCGAAGAGAUGAAAAGGGAGGUUAAAAUAGGGGCUUCUUUGAACGAGGGUGUGAAAGAAAAGUUGAUUGGAAUGUUGAAAGAGUUACCUCUUAAAGGAAACUCUCCACCGGUCAAACAGAAACUCAGGAGAACCCAUCCUGACAUGUCCAAGAAAAUCCAGGAAGAGGUUCAGAAACAGUUUGAUGCAGGUUUUCUUGCGGUAACAGUUUACCCGCCAUGGGUCGCCAAUAUUGUACCUGUACCUAAGAAAGAUGGGAAGAAGGCCAUUAAGAGUAGUGUGAUUGCUGAUUACCUUGCACAUCAGCCUGUGGAUGAUUAUCAGUCUAUGCAAUUUGAGUUUCCUGAUGAGAAUAUAAUGUGUGUGGCAGAGACUUCCGAUAGUCGAGAUCAAGAGGAAGGUCCAGAACCAGGGUCACGGUGGACGCUUGUGUUUGAUGGGGCUUCUAAUGCAUUGGCUAGAAUUUGUUUUGAUUGUACUAAUAAUGUGGCUGAGUAUGAGGCUUGCAUAUAUGGCAUUGAGGCGGCCAUUGACUUGAGGAUAAAGAAUCUCGCAGUUUAUGGAGAUUCCGCUUUGGUAAUUAGUCAGAUUAACGGAGAUUGGGAAACACGCCACCCCAAUUUGAUUCCUUACAAAGAGCAUGUCGUGAAAUUGGCUCAAUACUUUGAUGAAAUCACCUUUGAUCACAUUCCUCGAGAGGAAAAUCAUUUGGCUGACGCUUUAGCCACCUUGGCAUCGAUGUUCAAAAUAAAAUGGGACAAUGAAGCGCCUUCAAUAAUAAUCAAGAGGUUGGAUGAGCCUGCAUUCUGUGGUGUUAUUGAUACCGUGCCUGAUGAGAAACCUUGGUUCAAUGACAUUAAGAAAUUCCUUGAGACUCAAGAGUAUCCUGAGGGUGCUUCCCUCACGGAUAGGAAAACUCUGAAGAGGCUAUCUGCCAAGUUCUUCCUUGCCGGAGGAGUGUUAUACAAGAGGAACUUUGCUUCCGUGUUGCUCAGAUGCGUGGAUAGACACGAAGCAGCAGAGAUCAUGCGAGAGGUAUAUGCAGAUAGGGUUCAUGUACCUCCAGUUCCUUUGAAUGUGUUGACGUCUCCUUGGCCGUUUGCUAUGUGGGGCAUUGAUAUGAUCGGAGAAAUUAAGCCCACCGCUUCUAAUGGACACCGUUUCAUCCUUGUCGCUAUUGACUACUUCACCAAGUGGGUUGAAGCCGUUUCUUAUGCAAACGUCUCCAAGCAGGAUUGGCAUGAGAUGUUGCCCUUCGCUUUACAUGGAUAUCGUACUUCGGUACGUACUUCCACAGGAGCAACUCCCUUCUCACUAGUAUAUGGCAUGGAGGCUAUUCUUCCAGUGGAGGUCGAGAUUCCUUCAUUAAGGGUAUUGAUAGAUGUGAAGCUCAGUGAAGCUGAUUGGGUUCAAACCAGAUUUGAUCAACUGAACCUCAUUGAAGAAAAGAGGUUAGCAGCCCAUAUGCCAUGGGCAAGCCUAUCAAAAGAAGAUGAAGAGGGCCUUUGA